CAGCCGGCACGUUACGCUGCGUCAGUCUGGAGUCGCUCAAUUAUGAAAAAGCAACCUUCCGUUGGAGCUGCAGCCGAAGCGGAUCUCUCCAGCGUCCAGCGGGCUUUUAUUCCAAGGCUAACCGAGAGCAACGCCGAUAGAUGGAUAAAAGCCACGACACAGCUCUUCCUGAGUCUCAACGGUGAAGAGAAUGUCCCAGAAACCCUGGAUAGAAAGCACUUUCACCAAGAGGGAAUGUGUGUACAUACUUCCAGUGUCAAAGGACCCCCACAGAUGCCUGCCAGGAUGCCAGAUUUGCCAGCAGUUGGUCCGGUGCUGCUGUGGGCGGCUGGUUCGGCAGCAUGCCGGCUUCACAGCCAGCUUGGCCACAAAGUACUCGGAUGUGAAGUUGGGUGAAAAUUCCAGCCUGCCUGAUCCAGAGGAGUGGUCUGUGGAAAAACACACAGAAGCGAGUCCAACUGAUGCCUAUGGUGUCAUCAACUUCCAGGGAGGGUCUCACUCAUACAGAGCCAAGUAUGUGCGUUUGUCCCACGACACUCGACCGGAGAGCAUCCUUCGGCUAAUGUUGAAGGAGUGGCACAUGGAGCUUCCCAAGAUCCUCAUCUCUGUCCACGGAGGAGUUCAAAACUUUGAACUGCACCCUCGCAUCAAGCAGGUGGUGGGAAAGGGCCUCAUCAAAGCUGCGGUCACCACCGGCGCCUGGAUCCUCACCGGAGGAGUCAACACAGGUGUUGCGAAGCAUGUGGGGGACGCGCUUAAAGAACACUGCUCAAGGUCAUCAAAGAAAAUUUACACAAUUGGAGUCGCACCAUGGGGAGUCAUUGAAAACAGGAGUGAUCUCAUCGGCAGAGAUAUUAUUGUCCCUUAUCAGACCCUGUUGAAUCCUCUCAGCAAGCUAAACGUUCUCAACAAUCUGCAUUCCCAUUUCCUGCUGGUGGAUGACGGGACGGUGGGCCGAUACGGGGCUGAGGUCAAACUCAGGCGGGACCUGGAGAAACACGUUAACCUGCAAAGAAUACACGCAAGAAUCGGUCAAUGUGUUCCUGUCGUGGCGUUGAUUUUUGAGGGCGGUCCAAACGUGAUCCUGACCGUGCUGGAGUACCUCCAGGAGAGCCCUCCUGUCCCUGUGGUGGUGUGUGAGGGGACGGGCCGUGCUGCUGACAUAUUGGCCUACGUCCACAAGCAGACAGAGGAGGGGGGCGGCCUUCCCGACGGGGUGGAGACGGACAUCGUCGCAACCAUCAAGAAAACGUUCAACUUCAGUCAGAACGAAGCCAUCCAUCUCUUUCAGAAGCUCAUGGAGUGCAUGAAGAACAAAGAACUGAUCACCGUGUUUCACAUCAGCUCCGAGGAACACCAAGACAUCGACGUAGCUAUUCUGAGGGCCUUGCUCCAAGGCACAAACGCAUCUGCCUUCGAUCAGCUGGUCCUGACUUUGGCCUGGGACCGCGUAGACAUUGCCAAGAAUCACGUGUUUGUGUACGGACAGCAGCUUCUGGUGAGCUCUUUGGAGCAAGCUAUGCUGGACGCUCUCGUCAUGGACAGGGUGGACUUUGUGAAGCUGCUCAUAGAAAACGGCGUCAGCAUGCACCGUUUCCUCACCAUCAGUCGGCUGGAGGAGCUCUACAACACGAAACAACCUCCCAACAACCCAACUCUCCUCCACCUGAUCAGAGACGUUAAACAGAGUAAUCUUCCCCCAAACUAUAAAAUCACUUUGAUCGACGUGGGCCUGGUCAUCGAGUUCCUGAUGGGUGGGACUUAUAGGUGUAACUACACCAGGAAGCGCUUCCGAAUCAUUUACAACAAUCUCCACGGCAACAUUAGGAGGUCUGGACGCCACACCGUGGGUCCCGGCUCUCAUCUGAGAAAGAAUCACGAGACUUUCAGCAUGCAGGCUGACAAGAAGGAGAAGACGAGACACAAUCACUUCAUCAAGACGGCGCAGCCGUACAAGCCCAAGCUGGAGAGUACCGCUGAGCAGAACAAGAAACGAAGCAAGGAGGAGAUCGUGGACAUCGACGACCCGGAGACCCGCCGCUUCCCCUACCCUUUCAACGAGCUCUUAGUUUGGGCCGUGCUCAUGAAGAGGCAGAAGAUGUCUCUCUUCUUCUGGCAACACGGGGAGGAAAACAUGGCCAAGGCGCUGGUGGCUUGCAAACUCUGCCGCUCUAUGAGCUACGAGGCAAAGAAGAGCGACGUGGUGGACGACACCUCCGAGGAACUCAAAGAGUACUCCAAUGAGUUCGGGACGCUGGCGGUGGACCUGCUGGAGCAGUCGUUCAGGCAGGACGAGACCAUGGCCAUGAAGCUGCUGACGUACGAGCUGAAGAACUGGAGCAACUCCACGUGUCUGAAGCUGGCCGUCUCCUCCCACCUUCGGCCGUUUGUCGCUCAUACCUGCACCCAGAUGCUGCUGUCAGACAUGUGGAUGGGACGGCUGAACAUGCGCAAGAACUCCUGGUACAAGGUGAUUCUGAGCAUCCUGGUGCCUCCUGCCAUCCUGCUUCUGGAGUACAAAUCCAAAGCGGAGAUGGCUCACAUCCCUCAGAGUCAGGACGACCACCAGAUGACCAUGGAGGACAGCGAACACAACUUUCAGCACAUGACCGAAGACAUCCAGAUGGACGUCUUCAAGGAAGCCAGAACCCACGAGCAUCUGGAGGUGAAAAACGACAUGGAGAAACAAGUCCGCUCCAGAAAGCUGCCUUUAACGAGGAAGAUCUAUGCCUUCUACCACGCUCCCAUUGUCAAGUUUUGGUCCAAUACGCUUUUCUACCUGUUCUACUUGAUGUUGUACACGUAUGUGGUCCUGGUGAAAAUGAGCAACCUUCCUUCUCUUCAAGAAUGGGUGGUCAUCCUCUACAUCUUCACCUCCGCUAUCGAGAAAAUCCGCGAGAUGUUUAUGUCUGAAGCAGGCAAAAUAAGCCAAAAAAUAAAGGUGUGGUUCAGCGAAUAUUUCAAUGUGUCCGACUUCCUGGCCAUCGUUACGUUCUUUAUCGGUUUCGGACUGAGACUGGGUGGAGAGCCCACCUUCAUCCCCGGGCGGACAGUGUACUGCCUCAACAUCAUCUUCUGGUACGUCCGACUCCUGGACUACCUGGCCGUGAACCAGCAAGCUGGGCCGUACGUCAUGAUGAUCGCUAAAAUGGUUGCCAACAUGUUUUAUAUUGUGGUAAUAAUGGCCAUUGUCCUGCUGAGCUACGGCGUCCCGAGAAAAGCUAUUCUGUACCCCGACGAAGAGCCCAGCUGGACUCUGGCCAAAGAUGUGGUUUUCCAGCCGUACUGGAUGAUGUACGGAGAAGUGUAUGCCUAUGAAAUUGAUGCGUGUGCCAAUAACAGCGAAACCUUUGCCAAGAGCCUGUGUUCAAACAUAGUGUGGCUCACGCCUUUCCUGCAAGCAGUCUACCUCUUUGUACAGUACAUACUGAUGGUCAACCUCCUUAUUGCCUUCUUUAACAAUGUAUAUAUACAAGUAAAGUCAAUUUCCAAUCUGGUGUGGAAGUACCAGCGCUAUCACUUUAUUAUGGCCUACCACGAGAAGCCUGUCCUCCCGCCGCCCUUCAUCCUCCUGUGCCAUAUAUACUCACUCUUCUGCCUGUGCAGAAAGAGGAAGAAGGAGAGCACCUACGGACCAAAGCUGUUUCUCACCGAGGACGACCAGAAGAAGCUUCACGACUUUGAGGAGCAGUGUGUGGAGACGUACUUUCACGAAAGGGAUGAUCAGUUUCACUCGGGCAGCGAAGAGCGCAUUCGUCUUACCUCUGAAAGAGUUGAGACGAUGUGUUUGCAACUGAAGGAGGUCGGGAACAAGGUGAACUUUAUAAAACGCUCCUUGCACACGCUGGAUUCACAGAUCGGCCACCUGCAGGACCUGUCUGCUCUGACCGUGGACACUCUGAAGACGCUGACCGCUCAGAGGGCGUCCGAGGCCAGCAAGGUCCACACGCAGAUCACCAGGGAGCUUAGUUUGUCCAAGAACGUGGUCCCCAGCAUCGCGCACGUGCCAACGGACUCCAAAUCGUCGGCGAUAGGCAAGCGCAGCGUCAGGGCCUACUUCCCCCAAGCGGGCGUCAACAUUGCGGAUUCCCUUUUCGGAGUCGACGCAGGAGGAGACGGCGGGAUGCAAAUCCGUCAGAGAUUCGGGCACGGUCCCAGAACUGAGCCGGGACCGGACCCCGGAGUGAGCACGGCGUUAAGUCCGGAGAAGAGGAGCUUAUUCGGGCAGGGACACUUUGCCGCAGAGGCUGGUUCCUCCGGCAGCACGGGCGCCAUAGCCUUCGUGCCGAGCGCCUCGCCCACCUCCCCUCCGGAGCACCGUCACCAAGGCCACUCUCUCACCCAAAGCAAACUAACCCGUCCGCAAGAGCUGCGCCUUUCCGACUCGCCAUCCAGCCUGCCCAACGCGCCCGCCCUCGUAGCCCAGUUCCGCAUCAGCAGCACCCCCUCUCAGCCCAGUGGAGCCAGCCAGCCCGACCUCGCCCAGGACGGGUUUUACCAGCAGCCGCCCCAGCCAGACACCACCUCUGUAGAGUUCGGGGCGUUUGUAGGUGAGUACAGAAACGAAGCUCUGUCCGCUGUCGAGGAGGAGGAGAAGUGUGUGUGUUUGUAUCCGACUGUAGUUGUUCUCUCCAAUGAGUCAAACUUCACUCAACCUGCCUGCCUGCUUGCUAGUGCUGUAAAACCUGAAAACCCAAAGGGGUUGACGCGGGGGGGUGUUAGCGGGGGUUACGUAAACGAAGCAUUCAGCGACGAAGAGGGCCGAUCUGCUAGAAGGUCUCCACAAAACGAAGCACUAGAGGCAUCGCCGCCGUUGUAUCGCGGCCUUGGAAACGGCAUCCAGCCUCCUGCUGCGGUGCCCAAACGACCCCACAGACGGAAGAGGAGGGAAUGUGAUCCUCCAGGACGGCCAGCUUCUGUCCACAACACUCGAAACGGGUCAGAAGGUCAACGAGAAGAGAAGAAAACCGCAAGAAAGCUAAACAUGAGAGGACAUAAAGAUAACUUGGAUAUGCAGCACUCUACUCCGAAAGAGACCUCCAGCAGACAGCAAAGCCCGGCCACACCAACCAGAUCACAGGUUGAAAGUCACGGUCUCAUCCGAGCGGUCAACUCCUACGCUGGCUUCACAGAGUUUGACAGAACCCCCGCUUUUCUUCAUCCAGACUCGACUCUGACAAAGAAGGACAGGAGUAGAGUUUCAGCUGAAGACAUCCCUAGAGCUGCAGUACUAGAAAGGGUUCAGGUGAAAUCAGCCCAAGCCAGCACCCUGAGACCUCCUGAGGAAGAAACAUUAAAUGCUGCCGUUUCCCUGUACACGGCACGCCACAGCCACCUCGGAGCCAGGAAGGACUCUAUCGGCUCUCCGUUCAAGCCUAUGGAAAGCUAUCAGUACUCGGCUGUAGAGCGCAACAACUUGAUGAGGCUGUCUCAGAGCAUCCCCUUCACUCCUGUGCCCCCUAGAGGGGAGCCGGUGACGGUGUACCGUCUGGAGGAGAGCUCCCCAAACACAAUCAACAACAGCAUGUCCUCCUGGGCCCAGCGGGGCCUCUGUGCCAAAAUAGAGUUUCUGAGCAAGGAGGAGAUGGGCGGAGGACUCCGACGGGCUCUGAAGGUCCUUUGCACUUGGUCAGAGUACGACAUCCUGAAGCCUGGACACCUCUACAUAGUCAAGUCCUUCCUGCCUGAGGUGGUCCAGACAUGGGAGAGCAUCUACAAGGAGGAGACCGUGUUGCAUCUUUGUCUCAGGGAAAUUCAACAGCAACGAGCUGCUCAGAAGCUGACGUUUGCCUUCAAUCAAAUCAGGCCAAAGACAAUUCCUUACUCACCGAGGUUUCUGGAGGUAUUCCUGCUGUACUGCCACUCAGCUGGCCAGUGGUUUGCCAUUGAAGAGUGCAUCACCGGCGAGUUCAGGAAGUUUAACAACAACAACGGAGACGAGAUCGUUCCCACCAACCUUCUGGAGGAGACCAUGCUGGCCUUCAGCCACUGGACGUACGAGUACACCCGGGGAGAGCUGCUGGUGCUCGACCUGCAGGGCGUCGGGGAGAUCCUGACGGAUCCGUCUGUCAUUAAGAGCGGGGAGAAAGGAUCGUACGACAUGAUAUUCGGACCUGCCAACCUUGGAGACGAUGCCAUCAGAAACUUCCGGACUAAACACCACUGCAACUCCUGCUGCCGGAAACUCAAACUUCCUGGUGGGACGAGCUUUCGAGCUGCUGACUGGUUGCUUAAUUUCAUAUGGGAAUUGUUGGCAACACUUUAUUUGAAGGGGUGUGCAUAAAACUGACAUGAC